ACAAAAAGAAUUUUUCUAUACAAAAAAGUGUGUUUACGAUAUACAUAAAUCAGCGUGAUGGUGAAUAUAAAAUUGCAAGAAGAAGCAUACGUUAAAUUGAAUUGUUAAGUUUUAAAUACCCAUGCAAUAAAAUGUCUGCGAAUACCACAACGCCUACAUCCACCAGCAGCAUUGGUUCCAUAUCGCCCAAUAGUGCCGCCAGUGGUACCGAGGAUAUACAAUAUCUGCUAUACUUGGAAACUUUACGUCGCUUUCGUGACGACGAGCUUAACAUUAAGCGCCAAGUGGAAGAGAAAACACGCCAGUAUUUGGAAGUUAAAGAAGAUUAUUUACAAUUAUACGCGAAAUAUGUGAAACUCACGACAUUAGCAGCAACACGUUGUGCGCUCUUAACCGAUAACCACUUGUCUUGUGAGAAAAUAGCGAACGCGAGUAAAGAAGUACAAGCCAUUACUAAGAAACUAGCCACCGGCGAUGUGGUGGAAGCGAUUAGUGAAACAGCAGUCAAAACGUGCAAGCAUAAAUUAGACGCUACUAAAGCUCACGAGAAAUUGAAACAACUAAGCCACGAAUUGGCCGAAAGUAAGGCGACUGUGCGCGCUGUACAAUCCUCAACCGAAGCUGUGGAGGCCACUAUUGAGACGGCUACACUGCAGAGUCUAGACUACUUUGUCGAUGAAGUUGGCAACAGAAAUUGA